AUGCCUCACCACAUCUCCACUUCAAGCAAACACUCCUCCUCCAAGAGCUCCAGCAAGAACUCUCACGGCAAGAGCCACAAGAGCUCCAGCUCGCACACGGCAUCCCCAAACAUCACAGAGCAGUGGAUGCAGCACCAGGCCGUCGAAGGCCCCUGGGAUGGAGUCAACGAGGUGGUAGGAGGCUGGUCUACUACCGGCGAAUAUGGCGAAUACGCGUAUGCCGGUUCCAUGGCGGCUACCCAGGGCUCGACCAAGCACAAAUCCCACAAGAGCAGUCACCACCACAAGUCGAGUGGGAAGAAAUAA